CAUCAUAUGCCUAAUUGUGUACCAUAUAGCGAGAUGUUCUCAUUUGUGACAAUCCCGUUUUGGGAAUCCGAUGUAACGGGAUAGCAAGCAGUUAUGUAAGCAGAAGAAUAUCAAAUAAGACUUUUUUUGUAGUUAGUUUGGUUACGUAAGCGAGCAGUUCGGCCGUCAGUAGCUCGUGCAGUUCGGAUGGAGGCGGCUUCCGCAGCUUAGCAGCUCUGCGUUUCUCUAGAUAAUGAAGACUGACGGGUCAAGGGAAGCUCGCGCAUAAGCGACGAAUUCAAAAUGUGCUUCAAUGAGGGCUUUUAACCGAUCGCCAUUUUCUUUGUAUGGAUCGAAGGAUACCAGCAUUAAAAGCAAACACCAAAGAUCUCUGUGAUGAAAACGAUGACGAUCAGUCCCAUCGAAGGCAUGAAAGAAGAAUACAUUGAGCCAGAAUUUCCCUUGCUUUCUCCUGAAGAAGAAAUUCACAUUCUACAUGCAAGAGUGCAGCAGCUGGAGAAAGAAAAAGCAGACCUGGAAAAGGAGAACAGGCACUUGAAAGAUAUGUUGGUCAGUGAAAUUCCUUCCCUUUUGUCAACAAUGAGGCAAGCCAUUUCUGGUGAGGAAAAAGUGAAUCCUACUUUGGAUGUGUUCAGUAAUGAUGAAGACGACUCCUUCAGCAGCGCAUACACUAUACCGUCACUUCAAGCACAAUCACCGGUACAGGCAUCGGAAGAGGCAAAUCUCUAUACUCCCGCUCAUGCAACUAAUUAUGGUCUGGAAAGAGCACUCAAUUGGCUUCGUAUUGACAUCAAGUCCUUGAUGCUUGCCUGCAGAGUAGUCAAUGGAUCAGCACCUAUUGUCACGCAUCUUCCAGGCCUGUCUGAGCAUGUAGGUGGUCUUAUCAGUCUACCAAACUUUGACUUUUUGACAGCAUCUCCUGUGUCUACUUUUGGUGUGGGUGAUGAAGCAAGUGACUCCUCUGGAGUGUCAUUUUCAGCUGUUGCUCUUUUGCCUGAAGACUGGAUGAUAGACAGUUAUCUCUUCCUCCUAGGUGGACUGAAAGCUGGGAGCUCUGUCAUUUUGGCAGGUCUGUUUUGA